GAGGCUCGUCAGUCCGCCGCGAACCGUCGCGUCUAUUACAUGGGGGGAUAUGUCGCUUCUCUUAGUUCUCAAACACCGCAUAUUUAGAACUGACCUGUGAACAAAUAAACGUGAUUAAAGGUGCCGCAUAACAGUGUACUGAACUUGUGUCUUAGUGAAAAAUACGUUGCAACAUUAUCUCUCUAAACAUCUACGGCUAACGUUGCGUAUGAGCAGCUUUGAAGAUUAAUGUUCAACGGUCCAUAAUGUCGAGGCUGGUCCAGUGAAGAGUGAUGCGACCAUGCCGUCGGAUAGCACGUGGUCCCCGCCCGCCUCUAGCGAGCGCCGGCUCAGCAACUCAUCAGAUGGAAGCGGCAGCGGCAGUGGUUACUCUAAGGCGACAUCAGACAGUGCCGACUUCCUUGCCACUCGUCCUCACACAGCGUCUGUGCUGCCCGGGAAACCAGCGGCCAAUCCUCUGCAGUUCGUCAAAGUAGGUCCAGCAGACCUAGGCACUAAGGCCAGGGAACAACUACGGCGCGCUGAACUAGCCAAGAAGACAGAACCAGCUAGGAUCGAACGACAGGAAGACUGGCAAUCGAACCUCGACAACUGGAAGUCCUCGCGACGGAAGCGCGUCGAGCACAUCAUAGAGCGCUGUGUUGAAGUACGCCGCUUUGAAAACGAGAUCCAGCCGCGCGGCAAGUCCAAAACCUUCAACGAAAUGCUGGAGGAACGAGCCGGACGGAGAAGGAGAAACCCUCUAGCUCUGUAUACAGAGGACGAUGGGCAUGAUUUAAGUGACUUGGGCAUCGGCACCUCUAGCACCAAGAGCAGUCUCAGUGAGGACUGUGACACACAUAGUUUGGCCAGCGAUGGCAUGGACUUGGAUAAAAACCAUUCAGAUGUGGAAACCAUAUCCAAUUGCGAUAACAAUCGUAAAUUAGGUUCCAGUGCAAACGAAUACGAUACGUGUACCACCAUGACCAUUAGUUCUCCCGAACCCGAGGAAUAUACAUACGAGGGCGCUAUAGAGGGAUACAAGUCAAGAAUUAUAUCACAGACCAACAGUAACAUAGUUAAGACGGUGGUCAACAAUAAUGUAAAGGAAAACACCCCCGAAAAGACAAACGGUGACAUUAAUCGAAUUAGGACAUCGGUCAGCAACAAGAUCGAAGAAAAAGUUUCAUCGUUUCAACACGAACGGGCUAAUGAUCUUAAAAAUAAUAAUCAGAAGAAAGAUUUACCUAAAGUCGAUAUACAUAAACGAAGAGAACAAUUCGAAAGGGAACAUUCACAAGAGUUGCAAUUGUCAAAACCUAAAGUGCCCGAAAUCGCCAAUAAAAAGUCGAUUAAGGAGAGAUUGUCUUGUUUAGAAAAGUUCAAUGAAGAUAUUCAACUUCAGAAGUCAACUAAUGACCUUGCUAAACUACCCGGGGAAGUGAAACCCCUGAAAGAUAGACUUAAUUCACUCGAAAAGGUUAAAUCAGCUAAUGCGGAAACAGAAAAAAAUAAGAGAUUGUCUAAUGGAGACCUCAGUAAUUCAAAGUCGCUCAGAGAGCGUUUGACAAGCUUGAAGUCACAGAAAUCAGAAGAGGAAGUUAAGGUCACAAAAACAGAAGUCAAAGAGGUUUCAAUGAGCAUCAAAGAGCGGUUGUCUUGCCUUGAUGCUGCCAAGAAUAAAGAAAUACCAAAAAUUGCAAUCGAAGCGGAAAUUAUAAGCGACGAUAAGAUCCCAGAACAAACUGAACACAGUGAAUUAAAAGAUAAACUGUCCAAUAGUUCGCUGAAACUUAAUUUGGCUGGAAUAGAAAAUCAGAUGCAAAGCUUCUGCCGCUCCCUCGAUAGCUUAGAUAUAAAUGAUCAGUCGUCUCCUAAUUCUUUCGACAGAGUCCAAAGUUUAGAAGAUUUUGACUGCGCUGAAAUGCAAAACAACACAGUUCCGAGUGACAUUGAAACUGAAGACAGUGGGAUCCAUACAGCUAGAGACUCGUGUGCACCAGCUGACGAUAUUGCAGAUUUGACUCAAGUAGCUUCUCCAAUUGGAGAACCUAUGGCUGAAGUAUCUGAAUACGAGUCGUCCAACGAGUACAACGAUACCGUAAUGACUUUAGAACCCGCUAAAACUGAGAAACCUAUUGGGAUGGAUUCGGAGCCGUAUCAGAUGAACGAUGAAGUUCAAGGAAACGAGGAGGAAGAUAGUGAUAGUGGAAGCAAUUAUCUCCAAGCCGUUUCUCAACCGGAAGAAAGCAGCGCCACGGAAAUUACAGAGAUACAAAUAGAUAAAGAAGAUGAAGACACUUUAAAGAGUCUGGACAAUCAGGACUCCAGUGUUAUAGACGCUUUAGAACUAGCAUUCCAGGAAUUGGAUUCUGAGGAAAGCGUCGACGUCGCUAUGGACGAUACUAUAAGCAACACAACAACAGCCAGUGACGCUAAGAUCACUGAUAACGUCGAUGAUUUGCUGAACUUCGACGUCAAUAAGAAAGUAUCAGUGACCCCGUUGUAUGAAAACAUUGAUAUAUUUAAUCAGAACUUGGUCGAGUCCAGCGACUUCCCUCUGGAUCUGCCCACCAACGCACUCGAACCUCCUAAAGAGAAGCCUCCGCCGCCGCCCACGGAAGACGGCCCCGACGAACUUCUAGGAAAUGGUAAUUUCAAGCACACGAGCUCGGCGCGCCGCAUCAAGAAAGAGAUUCGAAACAAGCGAACGAGUUUCCUCGGCAUCGAGGGUCAAGACGAUAGCUAUCUAGAUGUCGAUCUUAAACUAUCACCUCGGCCCGACAUCACUUCCUUCCUACAAGAGGAGACGAAAAUCGAGAAACUUCUAUACAAAAAGACUUUAUCCCACGAUAACGCUAAGUUGAGGGACAGUCGGGACUCGGGCGUGGAUGUGGACAGGGGAUCGGAGACCUGGUACAGAGGUCACUCCUCACCAGACACCUCCAGCCCGCACAGUCGCCAGAACAGCGAGCCUUACCAAAUGACGGUGACAUCUGACGAAGAAGAAGCAACGAAAAGUGCUGAACAAGCAUUCUCCAAGAAUUUAACGACUAAGCUGUCCGGCUUGACUGAAAAUGGUGAAACUCAAGAUAAUAAAAUAGAUCACUUGGAUAAGAAAAUACAACAACAGCAGAAGCGCACUAACGAAGAUUGUCCGGACGGGAUCUAUGACGAUGUUCACACGAAGGAGGUGCUGCGCUUCGAACGAGAGCUGCUGCAGCUGGAACAGGAGGAGCUGAGGCGGCAGCGCGAGAACCUGCUCAGGGACCAGAACCGAAUCAUACAGAAGUCCGUCCAGGACAUCUCCUCCGCAGUUACUGCUGACAAGAACGUCGUUCACAGGGUUAAAGGCAAAAACCAAAACUAUAGACACUCGAUGCCGAACUUGCUGCUAGCGGAACAACCGCCCCUGGUCAUAGAGAGGACCAUCAUGGAAGAGAAUAUCAAGAGGAAGCCGUUCGUGUCGGAGGAACACAUACAGAGUCACUUCGGAGUGGAGGAGAGCAGGAAGAUACUGUUCGACGACAGGCGACCAGCGGCCGGCCUCGUGAGACCUCCGCAACCAGUGCUGCCUCCCAAACCCAGGAGCAGGGACUCCAUCGAGAGGGAGAUCACCAUGAGGAGUAGUCGCGUCCCGUCGGCCGUGGAGUGUGUGCAGGUCCCCGUCCAGCGUGGACCGCGGGCCCCGGACAGGCACACUCAUGGACGGAACUACCACCCCAUGUCGCGACACACGCUGCAGGUCCUGAGCGCGGCGCCCACUCCCAAGCUGAUCUCCAACUCUGAGUGGAUGCAAGCGAGACCUCAGCCCAGGCAGAAGCAGAACAACUAUAACUACAACCAACACUGGCUGAUACAGGAAGCGGAGCAACGUCGCAUACAGGAGCAGCGUGCCGUACAACGUGUGCCGAACGUGCGGGACGGACGUGACGUCACCAACCUGAUGGGGCGGGACGGACGAGCGAACGGUGUUCGCGCCUCACACGCAUCUCACAUCACACAUUACGCUAACUCCCAAGUGAUUCCUCAAGGCCGCAGCCUCGAGCUCGGCGAGCGACGACCGGAGCAUAGAGAGGAUAAGAUGCUGAGCGUGAGCGGCCGCAGGAAGUGCUCGCACUGCGGGGACGAGCUGGGUCGCGGCGCCGCCAUGAUCAUAGAGUCGCUGUCCCUGUGUUACCACGUGUGGUGUUUCUCGUGCGCGGCGUGCGGGGCGCCGCUGGGCGACGGGCGCGCGGGCGCCGACGUGCGCGUCCGGGGGCGGAGUCUCCACUGCCACCAGUGCUACAGCUCCGACGACGGAGACAAGUACUCCUGCGUGUGAUGAACACGCCGAUCAGCUCCAUAGCAUACACAAGACUAUGACUAUGGAACCGUUCGACAUCUCUACGAGUCGCUCCGUCGCUCUUAUUGUUAGACUUUGUGAUUGUGAUGUAUGAAAAUUAAUUAUAUAAGUGAUACAUUCAUCUCAUAUGCAUCAUCCGGCCGACUCCUUCUUACCCCAGCACUCGAAAUUAGAGCGGCGAUGACGUCAUGACGUCAUUUCCGCCGUCUCACAAGACGUCUCUGGACUCAGCCGGACUGAGUCCAUUACUGCACGCUUUUGUUUUCCUCUCUCUCUCCUUGUUUCGCUCCGUGUGUGACACGAACGACUUGCGGAGGUCUAAAGUGUUUUUAGUGAAUUCUUCAAAGUUCGUGGACCGUCGUUCGUGUCAUUGUACAGUUAUUACCAUCGCUUUAGGUACAUCUAAGUCUCACAUUAUAUGUACUUAAAUCAACAACUCGAAUAUCCUGACCGUUAUUCCCCUAACAUAUGAUAAUUCCUUAUUUUUUUGAUAUAUUUUUUAUUAAAUCUAUGAAGAGAUUCUAUACAUCGUGUCACUAACAUUGGUGUGAUCUGAUAUACUUGUGUAUAUACUGUAACUAUAUUAAUAAGGUUUGAUGAUCGUGUAACAGUUACUUUAUUGUUUCCCGUUAACGUUACUGGUAUAAGUAUUUUUAUAGUUCUCAUAUCAUCGUCACUCAUCGUGCCAUGAGAGACAUCUCUCGCUGAACCCAUUCAUUUUAAUAUCUCCUAAACAGACGUGUAUUUUAUAAUUGUUGGUGUUUGUAUAAUUUUGUAAAUAUAUUAAUUUAUGCUGUAGCGUGUUAUGUUAGCUUUAAUAGACUAGUGUUAGAACAUUUAAUCCAAAAACCUUUAUUAUAUGAGACUGUGUACUGUCCGCGGCAACACGUUUGCUGUGUUCUCUGUGUAGUGUUUCUCAUGCCGUCCGUACGUCAGUACAUCGUCUACGUUCGACUGCUACUGUAUAUCAAUAAAAUAUUACGAACACAUUA